GCUUUGGUUGUACAAGCACUGUAACUGUUACCAUUUUCCGAAAUUUGAAUUAUUUCAAUGUUUGUGGUGCCAAUUUAUACGUUUAUUUGUGUAUAAAAGUAAUACUAUAAGCGUUUCUGUCUUGCAGACUGAAGUAUUAAGGGAUUUUAGUUUGACUGUGCAGGUCAAAAUGCGAUGAUUUUCGCAAAAUAAAACUUGCGUACCAGCUAGUGCCAGUGUGCUGCCAGGUUGCGCGGCAAAACUUUGAAGAAGAAAAUCCAAUCAAUGAACACGUUGUGCAAUUCAAAACUCGUCCUAAACUGAAGAAAAGUCAUGGUAAAGUGAUCAAGAGGCAUUGAAUUGAACAUGGAGAAGGAUGUCCUUGAUUCCCUUGAGGAUUUGGGUUUUGCGUACAAUGAUCCUAUUAUGGAGGAGAAUGUGCUUCUCGAAUGUGUAGAAAAAGAAGAAAUCACAUUUGAGUUCAUGCGGUUGUGCAAAUGGUUGACAGAUGAAAUACAGGUCUUUAGUGGAGAUAUAGAGAGAAUUACUGGCACUGAUAAAGAUGAAUUUUCAAUUGAAAUGAGUGAAUUUCUCCGGGAAUAUGGUUGUCCUUACCCAGAAUUAUUGGGGGUGACUGGUCUAAAUUCAUCAGAAAAUAGGCUGUUAUUGUUGUUGUUCUUGACAUCAGAACUACAGGCGUGCAAGAUCCUAGGUCAAGAUGAUGAAGCAAUGGAUGUUGAUGAGGAAGAGACCAGUCCAGCAUUUGAACAUCUAAGUGCAAUAUUGAAAGCUCUGAAUCUUCCCCAACCUGAGAAACAAGUCUCAGUGUUUGAUUUACUUUCCAACAUUGAGAAGCAGGUGAAUGUCGUUGUGCGUAAAUUUCCCAAAGGUCAUCUUGGUGAACCAUUGCUUACUAAACGCCUUAAUUCAACUCAAUGGGCACAGGUUGAACAAAUCAAUAAAACACUAUUAAAAGAAUACUCACUUCGGAGACGGACAUUGCUGACUCGUCUCGAUGUCACAGUCAGAUCAUUUCAGUGGUCAGAACUUGGGAAGAGAAAUCAAGACUCAAUAUCUGGUGAUUUUCAACCCAUCAGAAGGUCCCUGGAGGAACAAGCCCCAGUCUCAAUUGCUGACAUCUUGGCUGCCAGAACAGAUUUGACUAAAGUGACAAAAACAAGUAGUGGAGAUUUGAGAAAGAAAACAAAAUGUGCUAUCAACAGAGUACUUAUUGGAAAGGUCCCGUACAGGGGUGGAAAACCUUCUGCAAAGGGGCCUCCUCCGGAUAUGCCACAAUUUUCAAAACGACAAGAACCUGCUAGGGAUCAACGAGGACAUCGUGGUGGUCGUGGGGGUGGAAAAGGAGGACGUGGUGGUUCAAGGGUACAAUCAGGUGUUGGGAGGGGUAAUCGUGGUGGGAUGGAUACAGGCGGGGGUAACAAGGGAUGGAAAGAGAACCAGGAUGCUCGUAGAGGAGGUCAGGAUGGAGGUUUCCUCGUGACCAAGCCUGGUUAUUAUCAACAUGACACUUAUCGAAGUUGAGCGAGACCGCUGCUUCACGCAUUGCGGGUCAGUGUACUUGGUCUUGGAGGGCAAUAACGUUGGGUGAAUGAGAGUUGCUUUCGCGUGCAGAGGAAAUAAUCAAAUUAAAACAAUCGUUAAACUGACCGAAAUGCUUGUAUGUGAAUUCUGGAUGUUCAGUAACAGGAAAUAACUUUCCUUAAACUUCUGUCAGAGCGUGAAGAAUGAUUUACCUCAAGAAAGCUGAUCUCUUGUGUUUCGUGAGGAUGAACAUUAUCUCUUUUACAAAGUUCCGCUUUGACAGAUUGGAUCUAAAAGUUGAAAUCUUAAUUUCUGACGGCGGACUAAAUGUACCUUGAUUUAUCACAAUAUAUAUUUAACAACAAAUUACAAUAUUUACAUCAAAUCUAAUUCUAUC